UGAUAAAAUUUUUCAAUAGUUGUGGUUAACUCGUAAUUCUAACCUUACAAUGUGGAAACUUAUCAAUUUUGCGAUGCUUCUUUGUUACUUCACUAGAAGUGUCGCAGCUUCGUAUUGUUAUCCAGAUUAUUGUCAAAAUGUGACAAAAGUAGUUGCUAUUCCUGGUUUCCAAUGUUUAUUGACAAAAGUUCAAAAAGGUGGAGAUUGCACCAAAUUCACAUUUGAAGGCUACAAUCAUUAUCCACCAGAUGAAGACACAACUAAAUUUAAUUUACAUGCAUAUAUAUAUGAAGAGUUUGGAAAUAGAAUAACAGCUUUCAAUUUAAGCAUUACCAAUGCAACUUUUCAUGGACUGAUAACACGUUAUCAAAGUUUAUUGAAUGAAAAUGAGUCUGCCUGUAGAUAUAUACAACUUUACGGAAAUGAAACUCUUCCGGCUCCAAAGGAUCUAUACAUUUCUUGUCCAUUUUCUAAUGAAUCUUAUGAAUCUAUUCCAUAUCAAUUAGAUUAUCUUGUAACAGGAGAAAAAUAUAAGUAUAGUAAACGAUAUAUUUUCAAUGUGCCUGCACAUAAAUUUAUUGAAAAAAAUGCAAGUAUAAAGCAAUAUAGACCAUUUAUAUAUAUAGAUGUAUCAAAUGCACCCCUUCUUUCUUUACAUAUUCAACCACUACCAAAAAGUUAUAAUAUAACUGGAUAUAAAAUUUGGUUAAUAAACAAUGAUACAGAUUUUAUAAAAACAUUUAAUAUAACAAGAAAACAAAACUUACAAUAUAAUUUUACUGCGCACAUUGGCCACUUUUAUUUCAAAGUUGCUUGCAUGCAUUUGGAAUGCGGCGAUUAUGGAUGCGUAAAUAGUACUACGCCUUUUAUUAUUAUACCAACAUCUUCACCUCGUCUUUUAAUUAUGAUUAUCAGUGCUGUGUGGAUACCAGCAUUAUCAUUUUGUGUACUUUAUCAUCUUUAUAGAUUAUAUAGAAGGGAAAUAUUGAAAAAAAGAGAAAAACCCAAAUGUUUGUUAGUAUAUUCACCCACUCGAUUAUCGCAUGUUAACGUAAUGGUUGAAUUGGCAAAAUAUUUAAGAGUUUGUGACAUUAAUGCCAUGAUAGAUGUGCUCGAUAUUACGGAUACUACGGACAAAGAUCCAAAAUGUUGGUGCGAGGCUGCAUUUCGAAACACAGAGUUUGUUAUUGUUGCAACUUCUCCACCAUCUAAAAAACCUGCUCUAUCGACUAUUUAUGAAAAUACUAGUAAUUAUCUUUUGAGAUUAGUCAGAGAAAGAAAAUUUCAAAUUGAAAAGCGUUGCUAUAUUGUACAAUUACCGUAUUGUAAAUCGGAUGACAUUCCUGAAGAAACAAAGCAUUUAAAAAGACUUUUUUUGCCAAAAGAAUUACCUAAGCUCGUAAAAAUAAUUCAUGCAACGGAACGUAUAAAGUGUGCUUCUUCAGUAUCUGACAGGAAAUUUUUGGAUUCUGUAAAAUUAGCAAAACUCGAAACAUUAGACGAAGAUGUAAACAAUGGACAAGAUGUAAAAGAUGGACAAGAAACUGAAAAUCUUUUAGAAACUACAGAAAUGUCAAAUAAUCGAACUCUUGCACCGGCUAUAUCAAAUGAUAAUACCAUGUUUGUAACGGAUAUCGAUGAAUUAAAUUUACUCGGCGAGAAUGGAGAAAGCGAGCAAGAAGAACAUACUAAUAAAUCUUUAAAGGACGAUACUUGCGUGUUUCGUAUCGAUAAAUUGAAUUUGUGAUUUUUUUACUCGUAAUAUUGUAAACAAAUGUGACAAUUACGUAGGUUAGAUAAUUUUUAAAAGUAUAAGACAUUCUUUUUAUACAUAUAUUGAUUUAAUUUAAUAAAUGUUAGUUCUUUUUGUUACAAUACAAUUCCUCAUAUUCACUA